AUGAGCGGAGUACUUGGUCCGGUUAUCGGAGGUAUCGUUACCCGGUACACAAGUUGGAGAUGGAUAUUUUGGAUGAAGUGCACCAACCGGCAUCGUGCCUUUGAUAUUGUUCUAUCUGUGCAUCAAAAGUGGGAAGAAAACCUCGCAACGACGUUUCCAUGGAGACUCAUCAAGAAUAGAGUCUACAUGUUCGGUCUAGCCACCACUUUACUUAUGGGAUUUCCUUACUUUGUGGUAAUUUACAGUCUGCCGCUACGCUUCCAGGUUGUCAAUGGGAAGAGUCCGUUGACCGCAGGACUGAGAUUACUACCUAUGUUAGGAUCAACCGCGGUAGCGAGUUUUCUAGGCGGAAUGCUUAACGGAAAAAAAAGCACUGUUUCUCCGUCUACAUUAUCAAAUACCGAGUAUGUAGAAGCUAAGACCUAUGGCUUUUUAGUAUUUGUCGGUUUAGGCUUCGGAUUAACAGUAUCAACAGUAUCAAUGCUAUUCAACUACGAAUCCUCCAUCCGCGACCACGCCGUAGCCCAAGGCAUCACAUCACAAGCACGCAUCCUCGGCGGCAGCAUCGGCAUAGCAGCCAGUACUACCAUCCUCAGUCGAUCCCAACAAACACAAUUAACCGACAUCGUAACCCGAGAACAACUUGCCUCGUUAGAAUCUUCAGCAAAUUCAAUGACAUUUACGCAACUCCAUGCAGUGAGACAAGCUUACGCGGAUUCGUUUAGCGAGGAUAUGAAAGUUUGCGCGAUAGUGGCGGGUUUGUGUGUUUUGGUAGUGGUGGGGACGUGGAAGAGGAAUUUGGUUACGGUUGAGCAGAGAUUUCGGGAGCAAAUUGAAAAGGAAGUAAGGAGGUUGAAGGGUGGAGUUACUCAGGUGAGGGGUUUGGAAGAAGGGAAGUCUUGA